AUGGUAGAAGUGCCAAAAAGGUUCAGCACACCCAACAUGGCCAUGUACAAUGGAACAACGGACCCUGAUGAGCACGUGUCCCUUUACAAGCAAAAGAUGAUGACGAGCUCAAUCCCUAGAGAGAUUAGAGAAGCCAUCAUGUGCAAAGGCUUUGGAUCCACGUUAUCAGGUCCAACCCUAACUUGGUUCAUUAAUUUAGAUAAUGGGACAAUUCGAUCUUUUGCAAGAAUGGUGAAUCUAUUCAAGAUUCAAUUUGCUAGUAGCAGAAAAAUCGAGAAGCAAUCCUCAGAUCUGUACCGUGUUGUGCAAAGACACGGAGAAUCCUUGAGGGACUAUCUUAACAGGUUCAACAGGGAGAAGAUUGGGAUACAAAAAUGCGAUGCUCCUACAACAAUCGAAUCAUUCAGAAGAGGUUUGCUAGACCAUAGUAAGAUCUACAAAGAGUUGACCAAAUAUCCCUGUACGACCUUCGAGGAUGUGCAAGCCAAAGCUAUGGCUCAAGUCAGAUUUGAAGAAGAUGUCUAUGCAAGAAAGACCCCAGAGCCGGAUCGCCAAUCAAGAAGGAACAACAACUUUCCCAGGAGAGACCAUCAAUUCAAACUGUAUCAGCGUUCCCGCUUUGAUGAAGGAUCAGUCAAUACUGUCGAGGAGAAAUUCUCAGAUUGCAGGGAAGAUCCUGAACUCCCACCUAAAUUGCAUGAAUAUUGUUUCAAUGUUAACCUUGCAGGAGUAAUUAGGAGCCUGAACAAGAUGGGAGACACCGUGCAGUGGCCUAGAAAGAGUGACAGGCCUGGAGAGAAAAAAGAUCCAUCAAGAUGGUGCGAUUUCCAUUCAGAUAUUGGCCAUACAACCGAUGAAUGCGUUGCGCUAAGAAAGGAGGUUGCUUACUUGUUGAAGAAAGGAUAUCUCAAAGAACUCCUAUCAGACAGAUCCGAGGCCCCAGGAAGGGAAAAAGAGUCCAUACAAGGUGGCCCCCCACCUCCUCCUCCCAUUGUCAAAACCAUCUGCUUCAUAUCAGGAGGUUUAGAAGUAUGCGGCCUAACAUACUCAGCAGCGAAGCAGCAUGCGAAAGAAAGCAACAAGGAUCAGUCUGACAGAAGGGAAAGGUCAAAAAUGGAGAUCCCUAUCAUGUUCGAAGAGAGCGAUGCAGUGGAAGGCCAUCAUGACGGCCUGGUAAUUUCGCUCCCAGUUGGAAACUAUAUGAUCAAGAGAAUCCUUGUUAACAAUGGAAGCUCUGCAAACAUCAUCAUGCUUGAUACCUUGAAGCACAUGAACAUCGAUGAAAAGAACAUCAUCAACAAGUAA